UCCAUUUAAGGGGUAGAUACUGUCAGGCCUUCUCAGUGGAUCUGGCUGUUUUUCUCCCAAAAGCCUGAAAUCUCCUCACCAUGCUCUGGGCUCCUCUCAUCCUCCUGCUGGGUACGUGGUGCACAGGGUCCAGUUCCCAGGCAGUGGUGACUCAGCUGCCUUCAGUGUCAGUGUCCCCAGGAAACACCGUGAAACUCUCCUGCACCGUCAGCAGUGGGAACAGCAUCAGUGACUAUAACGUACGCUGGUACCAGCAGCAACCUGGGAAUUCUCCACGAUACCUGCUCAGAUACAAGUCAGAUUCUGACAAGUACCAGGGCUCUGGGGUCCCUGCUCGCUUCUCUGGUUCCAAAGACAUGGCCAGUAACACGGGCUAUUUGACCAUCUCCGGGGCUCUCGCAGAGGAUGAGGCUGAUUAUUACUGUACUAUAUGGCAUAGUGAUGCUUGUCACAGUGACACAGUCAGGAGGGGAAGUGAGACAAAAACUCCCCCACCCUGGGCCCAGCAGGGAAUUGCAUGAGCUGCCAU